AUGCUCACUUCCGGCCUCACAAAUGCGCCCCUCACCAAAGCACUUCUAAUCUACACGAUCGCCUCGUCGAUCGCCCUCUCCCUUUUCGACAUAAAGCACCUCGUCGUGAUCUAUGUAUCGCCUCAUUUUUGGCCCUAUGCCCAGUUCUGGCGUGCAUUGGUGUGGCAGGUCGUUGGCUUCACCAAUUCCACCGAGGCCCUCUUCGCUGCGAUGCUGGUAUACCAUAUGCGCGUUGUCGAGCGCGCGUGGGGGAAACGGAAGAUAGCGACAUUCCUACUCACCACACUACCCUACACGACUCUCCUCCCGCCAAUUCUCCUUGCCCUCCUAAUCCGCCCUCUCUCCCUAAACAACUUCAAUUACCUUCCCUCCGGCCCAACAGCAACCAUCUUCGCCCUCUUGGCGCAGUACCACGCCACUAUCCCAUACACCUACCGCUACCGCAUCGGAUCCACCCCAAGCCCCCCAACACCAACCCUAUCCCUCCUUCUCUCCGACAAAACAACUACCUACAUCGUCGCUGCCCAGCUAGCCCUCUCCCAGUUCCCCGCAAUGCUCUUACCAUCAGCCCUGGGCUGGAUCGUCGGUGUAGCCUGGCGCGCAGAGCUGCUACCGGGUCUGUCACCGGCGAGCACCGGGUUCCGGGUUCCGGCUUGGGUGGUUGGCGAGCAAGAACGGAGGGGUGGUUCUGACUCCGGAUCUGGGUCUGGUGGUGCGGAGGGGGAAAGGUAUGAGGAUCUCCGACGGAGGUUGGAGGGUGAAGUUGCUGCUUCGGCUUCUGGGUUGGAGGGGUCUGGUGGGCAGGCUCAGAGGCGCGCGAAUAAUGCCGGGGAGGUUGGUGGCGGGUUUGUUAAUCGAUUGACAGGUGAUUGGUAA